AUGGUCCGACUGGCUUCGUGGGGACAGUUGUUGGUUUUCGUACAACGGAACAGACUAUUGAGCGUUAGAUUACCUGGUGGAAUCGUGACGCACGGUUUUCCAGUUGUUGGUGUGACAGCUCCAGGUUUUGUCGGACCACUUUUCGGUGUUGUGGUUGCUCCUGGCACUCCUGGGCGCAUAACACAUCCCGGCCCUCCGGGUCCGCCAGGUCCGCCGGGACCUCCGGGCCCACCAGGUCCACCGGGUCCUCCUGGACCACCCGGCUUACCGGGUGGAGAUGUUUUGGGACCUCCGGGACCACCAGGACCUCCAGGACCUCCAGGGCCUCCAGGACCACCGGGUCCCCCUGGUUUUCCUGGGGGAGCAGUUGUAGGGCCAUUUGGUCCCCCUGGCCCACCGGAUCCGCCGGGACCUCCUGGACCUCCGGGGCCUCCUGGACCUCCGGGUCCCCCAGGCCCACCUGGACCACCGGGUGUUCCUGGGGGUUUAGUAGUAGUUUUGCCUGGUUUCCCGGGUUUUCCUGGUUUCUUGGUUGGACCGCCUGGACCUCCGGGUCCUCCCGGACCUCCCGGCCCACCUGGACCUCCGGGUCCACCUGGACCACCGGGUCCUCCGGGUCCUCCGGGUCCUCCUGGACUGCCGGGUUUUCCUGGUCGCUUUGUUGUUGGUCCUCCUGGUCCUCCUGGUCCUCCGGGCCCACCAGGUCCUCCGGGUCCGCCUGGUUUCCCUGAGAGAGAAAAUCACACAUCAGCAAUACUAGAGGUUUUCUGGAAACUAUACAGAGCCUACCGCGUAAAUGCACGUGACUACAAGUCUUUGCACGUGACUUAUCAUAUCAGUUUUGGUGUCUUGGGUGUUUUAGGAGUAGUCUUAGCUGGCCCUCCUGGUCCACCAGGUCCUCCUGGCCCGCCCGGUCCUCCCGGUCCGCCCGGACCUCCAGGCCCGCCGGGAUUUCCAGGCGCAUACUUGGUCGGUUUUGUAAUAGUACCGGGAGGUUUUGUCUUUGGUCCUCCAGGUCCACCGGGGCCACCGGGUCCUCCCGGCCCACCAGGUCCUCCGGGCCCUCCGGGACCUCCUGGCCCUCCCGGUGAUCCUGGAGUCUUGGUAGGUUUGGUUGGUUUCCCUGGAGGUCGUUUUGUUGUCUUGGGCCCACCUGGUCCUCCUGGUCCACCCGGUCCUCCUGGGCCACCUGGGCCUCCUGGACCUCCGGGUCCCCCUGGACCUCCAGGUCCCCCCGGACCUCCUGGUCGUCCAGGCUUUUUAGUUGGCUUCGUCGUGGGUGUAGUUCUUCCUGGUUUUGGUCUUUUUGUAGUCGGACCUCCAGGCCCUCCAGGUCCGCCGGGUCCUCCAGGGCCUCCGGGGCCUCCUGGUCCCCCAGGUCCUCCUGGGCCACCCGGUUUACCGGGUGGUGGUUUUGUAGUAGGUCCUCCCGGGCCACCGGGGCCUCCUGGUGAUCCCGGUUUUUUUGUGGUGGGACCACCGGGUCCUCCUGGACCUCCUGGACCUCCCGGUCCUCCAGGCCCUCCCGGACCCCCCGGACCUCCGGGAGACCUCUUGUUCUUGCAUGCCAUAAUGUAUGCCUUUGACGUCUUUUGUCACCCACAUGAUUAUCAGAUCUUUCUCAUUCCUUUCUUACCUGGAGUUCCUGGUGUUUUUGUUGUCGGUCCUCCAGGGCCGUUAGGACCUCCCGGUCCUCCCGGUCCACCGGGUCCACCUGGUCCCCCUGGUUUUCCUGGUAGUCCAGUUGUUGGUCCACCUGGACCUCCCGGCCCGCCAGGUCCCCCCGGUCCCCCAGGUCCUCCGGGUUUCCCAGGAUGUUUAGUCGGCGUGGUUGGUCCAGUCGGUCCUCCUGGUCCUCCUGGUCCCCCCGGGCCCCCGGGUCCGCCAGGUCCACCCGGACCUCCCGGACCUUCUGGCUUACCCGGUUUCUUUGUCGCUGGCGAUGUUGGUUGCCCCGCUGGUGGUCCGCCAGGAACCAUACCUGGCCCUCCUGGUCCACCGGGACCUCCAGGCCCGCCCGGACCACCGGGCCCACCGGGCCCUCCGGGACCUGCAGGUCCCCCAGGACCUCCCGGACCUCCUGGGCCUCCUGGUCUGCCUGGUCGCUUUGUUGGCUUGGUUGGUUUAGUUGGUACACCAGGCUUAGGAGUUUUGGGUCCACCGGGUCCACCGGGUCCUCCUGGACCCCCAGGGCCACCUGGGCCUCCGGGCCCGCCGGGUCCUCCAGGUCCUCCUGGGUAUGGUGGUCGACGUUUUGUUGGAGUUGUUGGUUUGGUUGGUACACCCGGCUUUGCAGUCGUAGGUCCGCCCGGUCCACCUGGACCCCCCGGACCGUUUGGUCCCCCUGAUCUGAUAACAGGUGGAAACGUGUCUAAACAACAUUGCUGGGAGAGACAUGACGUACCUGGUCCUCCCGGACCACCGGGUCCACCGGGGCCGUCGGGGCCUCCUGGUCCCCCUGGGGUUCCCGGGUUUCUUGUUGUCGGUUUUUUCGUCGGUACACCUGGUCUUGGUGUUGUUGUUUUAGGACCAUUUGGACCGCCUGGUCCCCCGGGACCUCCUGGGCCGCCCGGACCACCGGGUCCUCCGGGUCCUCCAGGACCACCCGGUUUUCCGGGCCCACCUGGUUUUCCGGGACGCUUGGUUGUGGGUCCACCGGGCCCUCCUGGCCCUCCAGGGCCCCCGGGUCCUCCUGGUGUACCUGGCUUCUUUGUUGUAGGACCGUAAGGACCACCGGGACCUCCUGGGCCACCCGGACCUCCGGCAAAUGUAAAGUGUUCUGAUACGUUACCUCCAGGUCCUCCUGGUCCCCCGGGACCUCCUGGGCCGCCCGGACCACCGGGUCCUCCAGGUCCUCCAGGACCAUUCGGUCCACCGGGUCCACCCGGCUUACCAGGCGGGUUUUUGGUUGGCUUGGUCUUCUUGGUUGGCACUCUUGAAGGUUUUGUCGUGGGGCCUCCCGGACCCCCGGGUCCUCCUGGACCACCCGGUCCUCCAGGUCCUCCUGGUCCCCCCGGUCCUCCGGGACCUCCAGGACCGCCUGGUCCCCCUGGGCCCCCUGGUCCACCGGGUCCACUGGGACCUCCCGGACCACCCGGUGAACCCGGUUUCUUCGUUGGCUUGGUUGGUUUUGUCGUUUUUCCAGGACGAGGUGUCGAAGGCCCUCCCGGUCCCCCCGGACCACCCGGACCUCCCGGACCUCCCGGACCACCGGGUCCUCCUGGCCCACCGGGACCGCCUGGCCCACUUGGACCUCCGGGAGUUCCUGGUUUCUUUGUGGGUUUAGUUGGUUUGGUAGUUUUUCCUGGAACAGGUGUGGUCUUUCCACCGGGUCCACCAGGGCCUCCUGGACCUCCAGGACCCCCAGGGCCACCCGGGCCGCCGGGUCCUCCGGGGCCACCAGGUCCCCCAGGCCCACCGGGUGUUCCCGGAGCAUGUUUAGUUGGUGUCGUAGGUCGUGUAGAUUUACCUGCAAGAAAAAAUGUUGAGUGGAGUGAAUACAAUUCUUCUCUUCAUAAGCUACAGGCGCGACAUUCAACUCCUGGCCUCUUGGUUGUUGGUCCGCCUGGUCCCCCCGGGCCACCGGGACCGCCUGGACCUCCUGGACCACCGGGGCCUCCAGGUUUGCCUGGGGGCUUUGUUUUUGUUCCCGGUUUAGGAGUUGUUUUUGGUCCCCCGGGUCCACCCGGGCCACCUGGACCUCCUGGACCUCCCGGUCCACCCGGUCCACCAGGUCCCCCAGGUCCACUCGGACCUCCUGGCCCACCAGGACCUCCCGGCCCUCCUGGACCGCCGGGGUUUCCUUUUGAAGCAAAAAAAUUGCUCGAUGUCAUGUCGAUAGUACAAUUGUAUUGCCAAAGCUGGACACUAAGGCAAUUCAAACUUUUUAACAUGAUUUAUUCCGUACCUGGUGGAUUUUUAGUUGGUUUUGUUGUUUGACCAGGGCGAGAUCCCCCGGGUCCUCCUGGGCCACCUGGUCCACCGGGGCCUCCUGGACCACCCGGACCUCCGGGUCCACCGGGGCUUCCAGGGCCUCCU